GCUGUACUCGAGGCAAUGCGAGACUCAUGUACUAUGUCAUCCUCGACUUCUUGUUCAUCAUCGUUGGACUCCAAGGACCAGCGCCGAAUCCCUUCAUAUUUUGUCUGUCCGAUAUUUCAGGAAAUCAUGAAAGAUCCACAUAUAGCAGCAGAUGGUUUCACAUAUGAAGAAGAUCCCAUUAGAGGAUGGUUUACUCCAACCACCACUCCUGCCGCCGCCAAAACUAAAGAAUUCAAUCCCCUCGCCGCCAGCAUUACCACCACUCCCACCACCAUCAAAGCCAUAGAGUACAAGAUGGGUAUUGAACCAUCUUCCACUACUCCACUGUGCCAGAAGCAUUCGCACAAGCGUGACGUGUGCGGAAAGUCUUUUCCGUCAUGCCAAGCAAUCGGCGGCCACAAAACCAGCCACCGCAGUAGACCUCCGCCCACCACACCGCCGCCUCCGAAGACUCCAUCAUCACGAAUGUAUCUGAUCUCAAACCAAGUGGUAGCGGCGGCACUAUGAUGGCAAUAAGAGCAGCGUGAUCACUUCGGAGUGCAGCGCCUCCAGAAAUUGAAUAUGUUCUGAAUUUUGAAUGUAUUAUCUCUAGAAAAGAAUUUGUAGGGUUUUUGUUGGUACAAGAAAUUGAAUCAUUAAA